GCCACUUCUCCAGUUCCUUCCACGAUGCCAUUUCUGCGGUCUUGCCCAAUCAAAUACCGUCAGGAAUUCCUCCACCAGUCAUUCAAGCGGUCGCAAAAACCUCGAAAUAGGUAUCAAGGCACUUUGAACGGCCACCUUGAAUCUUCCCCCGAGCCAGCCAGGACGACCAUUGUUCAUAGACCGUCAAGAUGCUCAAACCUGGAUUCCCCUCGUCUCCCAAGUCGAGUUUCAAAGAUAUGCUGGUUCGUGUAAAUGCUAGACAUCAAUUUGCAAAACAAUAUAUCGCACAGAACGGUCCGACUGCUCAAGAAUCGAUGAAGAAACUUUGGAUGGGUAUGUCUCGCAAAGAGAGACAGGUAAGCCGAGCUGUGCAUGGUUUAACGUUCAGAUCCAGCCGUAGAUCGAACUCUGCGGCAAGGCGAAAGUGGUACGAAGGAAACGGAGAAACAAGCGGCCGCCGGGGAGGCAAGGAAAGAGGGGAAAGAAACAAAUGUCGAUAUUAUGUAGAGGAAAGAACUGAGAUGAGACACGCUUUUGGAUUGGUACGUACAAGAGAGAUGAUUCGAAAUAGGACCGGUUCGACCUCCUCUCCAGAAAUGAUGCCACUAUUUCUUGAGGUAACUUCUCCAUCGAUGGAGGUCCUUGCACGCAUCCCGCUCUACAGAAGGUGUACAUAAUGGAGCUGCACGACUUCUCCUGCUGUUCAUCUCCUCGUUGACGCGUCGGG